ACCACCAUGAUCCUCUCAUCCGUCCUUACGUUCCUUGUCCUCCCUUUCCUUACGGCCAAUGCUGCUGGAGUGCACAAGCUGAAGCUGAAGAAGCUGCAGCCUGUAGCUUCCAACCCUGAACUCGAGGCUGCCUGGCUCGCUGAGAAGUACGGCGGGCAACCCCAGACGCCCCUUUUCGGGGCUGGUGGGCAGGGUCGUCGCGUUCAGCAGGGCGGCGACGACUUGUACUGGGUACAGGAGAUUGCCGUUGCUGGUGGUCACGGCGUGCCGCUGAGCAACUUCGCCAACGCGCAGUACUUUACGGAGAUCUCUCUGGGUACUCCCCCUCAGACUUUCAAAGUUAUUUUGGAUACUGGCUCGAGUAACCUUUGGGUUCCGAGCAUCCAGUGCACCUCCAUUGCCUGCUUCCUGCACACCAAGUACGAUUCGUCGAAGUCCUCCACCUACAAGGCCAAUGGGUCUGAGUUCUCCAUUCAAUAUGGCACCGGCUCUAUGGAAGGUUUCGUGUCCAAUGACGUUCUGACGAUAGGCGAUAUUGUCAUCAAGGGUCAGGAUUUUGCUGAGGCAACCAAGGAGCCAGGGCUCACGUUCGCCUUUGGCAAGUUUGAUGGUAUUCUCGGUUUGGCCUACAACACGAUCUCUGUCAACCACAUCACGCCUCCCUUCUACAAUAUGAUCGACCAGAAGCUGAUUGAGGAGCCUGUCUUCUCCUUCCGUCUAGGUGAUUCCGAGGAAGAUGGUGGAGAGGCUAUCUUUGGAGGUGUUGAUGAAUCUGCGUACUCUGGCGCCAUCCACUACGCACCGGUUCGCCGAAAGGCUUACUGGGAAGUUGAGUUGGAGAAGAUCAAGUUUGGUGACGAUGAACUUGAGCUUGAGAACACUGGCGCUGCCAUCGACACUGGUACCUCAUUGAUCGCCUUGCCCACCGAUGUUGCCGAGAUGCUUAACGCGCAGAUCGGGGCAACUAAGUCCUGGAAUGGACAGUACACUGUCGACUGCGCUAAAGUUCCCGACCUUCCCGAUCUCUCCUUCUACUUCGACGGCAAGGCUUACCCGUUGAAAGGCACAGACUACGUCCUUGAGGUUCAGGGUACUUGUAUCUCAUCAUUCCAGGGUAUGGACAUCAACCUGCCCGGUGGCGAUCUCUGGAUCAUUGGUGAUGUCUUCCUUCGUCGCUACUACACGGUCUACGACGCUGGUCGCGACGCUGUCGGCUUCGCCACCGCUAAGUGAGCUGCCUCCAGCUUUGCCAUUACAUUUCCAUACCUUGUUUCUCUUGCAAUACCAGUAGCACACGAUCUUGAUCAGCAUGACAUGUUUGUACCAGUAGUCUUGGCCCGUCUACGCCGAAUAAUAUGUUCUCCGGUUUA